UUCCACGAAAUCUUUGGAGCCUUCGAUUCGCUGUUCCCUAAUUUGGUUAGAGGGCGGGAAGCCGAAAUCACCGUACGUGAAGUUCCGUGCACUGCUCACUAAGCCUUAAUCCAAUCCUCUUCUCUCUCUCUCUCCUCUUCUCUCUCUCUCUCUCUCUAGGGUUUUUCACAGCUCCGUAUCUCCCUGCUUCAAAAUUCAAAUCGUUCUGGUCUAGGGUUUCUGGUACUGAGGAGGAGCAAAGAUGAGUGCUGUUCGCAAGGGGUCGAAGGUGUGGGUGGAAGAUAGAGACCAGGCUUGGGUUGCUGCUGAAGUCGUCGAUUUUGUGGGAAAACAUGCUCAUGUCGUCACCGCCUCCGGGAAGAAGGUUUUGGCAAUUCCGGCCAAGUUGUUUCCGAGGGAUGCGGAGGCGGAGUUCGGUGGAGUCGAUGAUAUGACCAAAUUGACUUAUCUGAACGAGCCUGGGGUUCUUGACAACUUGGAGCGGAGAUACUCUCUUAAUGAAAUAUAUACAUACACAGGGAGCAUCUUGAUAGCUGUUAACCCUUUCACAAAGCUUCCUCAUCUUUAUAAUGUACACAUGAUGGGGCAAUAUAAUGGAGCUCCUUUUGGUGAGUUAAGUCCCCAUGUCUUUGCCGUGGCUGAUGCUGCUUACAGAGCGAUGAUAAAUGAAGCUAGAAGCCAGUCUAUUUUGGUUAGUGGAGAAAGUGGGGCUGGAAAAACGGAGACAACAAAAUUGAUUAUGCAAUAUCUUACUUUUGUUGGUGGCCGUUCUGCUGGUGAUGACGGAACAGUGGAGCAACAAGUUCUUGAAUCAAAUCCACUUUUGGAGGCAUUUGGUAAUGCAAGGACUGUUAGAAAUGAUAACUCAAGUCGUUUUGGCAAGUUUGUUGAAAUCCAGUUUGAUGCAAAUGGUAGAAUAUCUGGUGCUGCAAUUAGAACUUAUUUGCUUGAGAGAUCCCGUGUUGUCCAGAUAACAGACCCUGAGCGGAAUUAUCACUGCUUUUAUCAACUAUGUGCAUCUGGAAGAGAUGCAGAAAAGUACAAGCUAGGGCACCCGAGUCAAUUCCAUUACUUAAAUCAAAGUAAGACUUAUGAAUUGUGUGGAGUGAAUAGCGCAGAGGAGUACAUGAAGACAAGAAGGGCAAUGGACAUUGUUGGCAUCACUCAUGAGGAGCAGGAAGCUAUAUUUCGGACCUUAGCUGCCAUUCUACAUCUGGGGAACAUUGAAUUUUCUCCUGGCAAAGAGCAUGAUUCAUCGGCAGUGAAGGACCAGAAAUCUGAAUUUCAUAUGCAGAUGGCUGCUAAUCUUUUUAUGUGUGAUGUAAACCUGUUACUGGCCACCUUGUGCACACGGUCAAUUCAAACUCGUGAAGGGAUUAUUAUUAAAGCUCUGGAUUGUAAUGCUGCUGUUGCUAGUCGGGAUGCUUUGGCAAAAACUGUUUAUGCUCGGCUUUUUGAUUGGCUUGUUGAAAAGAUUAAUAGGUCUGUUGGGCAAGAUAAGGAUUCUCGCGUGCAAAUUGGAGUACUUGAUAUAUAUGGAUUUGAAUGCUUUCGAAACAAUAGUUUUGAGCAGUUCUGCAUUAACUUUGCAAAUGAAAAGCUUCAACAACAUUUCAAUGAGCAUGUUUUUAAAAUGGAGCAAGAGGAGUAUCGCAAAGAAGAAAUCAAUUGGAGCUAUAUUGAAUUUAUAGACAACCAAGAUGUUCUUGAUCUGAUCGAGAAGAAGCCUAUUGGAAUAAUUGGUCUUCUGGAUGAAGCUUGCAUGUUUCCCAAGUCAACACAUCAGACAUUCUCAACCAAGCUGUUCCAGAAUUUUCGGUCUCACCAGAGAUUGGAGAAGGCAAAAUUUUCAGAAACAGAUUUUACCAUUUCUCACUAUGCUGGCAAGGUGACAUAUCAGACAGAUUCAUUUUUAGACAAAAAUCGUGAUUAUGUCGUGGUGGAACAUUGCAUUCUACUGUCUUCUUCCAAAUGUCCAUUUGUUGCUGGUCUUUUUCCUUCGUUACCAUUGGAAUCUUCAAGGUCAUCAUACAAGUUCUCUUCUGUUGCUUCCAGAUUUAAGCAACAACUUCAAGCUUUGAUGGAGACCCUGAAUUCAACGGAGCCUCAUUAUAUCCGCUGUGUGAAGCCAAACUCUUUGAACCAACCUCAAAAAUUUGAGAAUCAAAGUAUCUUACACCAGCUGCGUUGUGGGGGUGUUUUAGAAGCAGUGCGGAUAAGUCUGGCUGGUUAUCCCACACGGAAGACUUUUCAUGAGUUUGUUGAUCGUUUUGGACUGAUAGCUCUGGAAGUUAUGGAUGGAAGUUAUGAUGAGAAAACAACAACAGAGAAGAUAUUGCAGAAAUUAAAGCUUCAGAAUUAUCAGUUGGGCAAGACCAAAGUUUUUCUCAGGGCUGGUCAGAUUGGCAUUCUGGAUUCACGACGUGCUGAGGUUUUGGAUACUGCUGCAAAAUGUAUUCAGGGUCGAUUACGAACUUUUGUUGCACACAGGGAUUUUGUCUCAACCAGGGCAGCUGCAAUUUCUCUGCAAGCAAGCUGCAGAGGUUAUAUUGCUCGAAAUAUGUAUUCAGCAUUACAGGAGGCAAGAGCUUCUAUUUUGAUACAGAAAUACGUCCGCAGAUGGCUUGCAAUGGUUGCCCUUUUGCACCUUCGCUCUGCGACUGUUCUUGUUCAGUCCAGUAUCCGUGGUUUUUUGACUAGGCAUAGAUUUUUGCAUCGAAAGGAACAUAGAGCUGCCACUUUAAUUCAGGCUCAAUGGAGAAUGCGCAAGGCCCGUUCAACUUUUUGUCAUCGUCAAUCUAAUAUUGUUGCAAUACAGUGUCAUUGGAGGCAGAAGUUGGCAAAAAGAGAGCUCCGGAGGCUUAAACAGGAGGCUAAUGAGGCAGGUGCCUUGCGUUUGGCAAAGAAUAAGCUUGAGAAGCAGUUGGAAGAUCUUACAUGGCGCUUGCAGCUAGAAAAGAAACUACGGGUGUCUAGCGAAGAGGCUAAAUUGCUGGAAAUUACAAAACUUCAUAAGGCACUGGAAUCUAUGAGCCUUGAGCUAGAUGCAGCUAAAUUGGCCACAGUUAAUGAGUGCAACAAGAAUGCUGUGCUGGAAAAUCGGUUAGACUUAUCAACGAAGGAGAAAUCUGCUUUGGAAAGAGAGAUUAUUGCUAUAGCAGAACUAAGAAAUGAAAAUGCAUUUUUGAAGAGUUCCUUAAAUGCUCUGGAAAAGAAGAAUUUUGUGCUUGAGCAGGAUCUUAUAAAGGCUAAAGAAGAUACUACUGAUACCAUAAAAAAGUUGAAGGAAGUUGAAAAUUCUUGCUCACAGCUGCAACAAAAUUUGCGAAGUUUGGAGGAGAAGCUCUGCAGUUUAGAGGAUGAGAAUCAUGUUCUGCGUCAGAAGACAUUGAGUGCUUCUCUAAAGAGCAAUACCAAGCCAAUUUUGGAGAAGCACUCAGGGGCAUUUUCUCUUCCCUAUGCUGAUCGCAAACCUGUAUUUGAAACCCCCACACCAACAAAACUUAUAGCACCUUUUUCACAAGGUUUAUCAGAUUCUCGCAGGACAAAGUUAACAACGGAAAAGCACCAGGAGAACUAUGAGUUCCUCUCAUGCUGUAUUAAAGAGGAUUUGGGUUUUAAAGAUGCUAAACCAGUGGCUGCCUGUGUCAUAUACAAAUGCCUUGUUCGUUGGCAUGCCUUCGAGUCUGAGAGGACAGCUAUUUUUGACUACAUAAUUGAGGGCAUUAAUGAUGUUUUGAAGGUGGGAGAUGAGAAUGUUACCUUGCCAUACUGGUUGUCUAAUGCUUCAGCACUUUUGUGUCUGCUGCAGAGGAAUCUACGUUCCAGUGGGUUCUCAAUAACUACUGCUCAACGUUCUGCAGGCUCUUCUGGUUUUAAUGGGCGGGUGGCACAGGCGCUAAAAUCUUCUUUCAAGUAUAUUGGAUAUGAGGAUGGGACUUCACUUGUUGAAGCAAAAUAUCCUGCUAUACUUUUUAAACAACAAUUAACGGCUUGUGUGGAGAAGAUUUUUGGUUUGAUUCGAGACAAUUUGAAGAAGGAAAUAUCACCACUUUUGAGUUCAUGCAUUCAGGCGCCUAAAAUCCAGCGAGUGCAUGGUGCAAAAUCAUCUAGAUCACCUGGUGGUGUUCCUCAUCAAUCACCAAGUAAUCAGUGGGAUAGCAUUAUCAAAUUCUUGGAUUCUCUCAUGAGUCAUCUUCGUGAAAAUCAUGUUCCUUCGUUUUUUAUCCGUAAGAUUACCACCCAGGUUUUCUCUUUCAUCAACAUAUCACUUUUCAACAGUCUUCUACUACGACGAGAAUGUUGCACAUUUUCAAAUGGAGAAUAUGUGAAAUCUGGUUUAGCAGAACUAGAGAAAUGGAUUGUCAAUGCAAUGGAGGAGUUUGCAGGAACCUCUUGGCACGAGCUAAAUUAUAUUAGACAAGCAGUUGGAUUUCUGGUCAUACAUCAGAAAAGGAAAAAGUCUCUAGAAGAGAUAAGACAAGAUCUUUGUCCGGCAUUGACUGUUAGGCAAAUCUAUCGGAUAAGUACCAUGUACUGGGAUGAUAAAUACGGGACUCAGAGUGUAUCAAAUGAGGUUGUUGCUCAAAUGAGGGAGAUUUUAAACAAGGAUUCUCAGAAUCUAACGUCGAAUUCGUUUUUGUUGGAUGAUGAUUUGAGCAUUCCAUUCUCAACUGAAGAUAUAUAUAUGGCACUGCCAGCAUUCGAUCCUUCAGAUAUUGAACUGCCAUCAUUAUUGUCUAAAUAUCCUUGUGCACAGUUUCUGGUGCAGCACACAAAGUAAAUCUUCCAGCUUAAUGUGAAUGGAAUAUGCCCAUAUCUCGAGCCUGAGAUAGAUUGGUCAUGUUGACCCAACAAGUAUCAGUAUAUUUUCAAAUAUGUGGCCAUUGCAGUGGCAAGAUUAACUUGUCAUACUGCUGGAAUGAGGUGAAAUAUAUCCCAUUUUAUCGCAAAAGAUUCAUUUAGAAGUCAGAUUGAAUAGGGCACCCUUUGCCCUCCACCUCUACUAACUACACGUGUUAGGUAGAGCAUUGUACAGGAAGAAAGAUAGCAAUGUGCUUAGAAAGCUUCUCUAUUCUAUGAAGCUUAGUUUUUUAGCACUGUACAGUGUGUUCAUAUUUGAAAUGCAUUCAUGUUGUAUUUUGCACUUACGUUGUAACCAUCGUUUCUGUAUCCCUCAGUUGGUUAGAACAUUUGACUCUCAUGUACUGUAACAGUGUAAAUGUUUGAUACAAACGCAAUUACUUUGAUUA